GUGAAUCACGUGCGAGUAAAUGCGUUUUUGAACCAGCAAGCUACAUUCGCCAAUGAAGUGCAGACAGAGUCACAAUCGUGCAUUUUUCAUUUGAACGAGUGGCAUUGAGAUGCUGACGGCCCCUUUAUAUUCAUUAUCAGUAUAUACUGCUUGCAGAAUCACAGGAUAUUUUAAGUGACUUGAGCACUUAAAGGGUUUACAUCAUACUCAUCAAGAUGUUUGCUGAAUUGAACAGUAUUUUAAACUGGAGCCCAGACAAAUUUGAAAAGGGGCAGUGCAUUCUAUUGUCUGAAAGCAAGACAGAUGGAUCCUUUCUGAUUCAUCACUUUCUCUCUUUCUUCUUGAAAGCUCAGUGCAAAGUAUGUUUCCUGGGAUUGGUGCAGUCAUUCAGCCAUUACAGUACAGUGGCCCAGAAACUGGGCAUAAAUUUGUUGCAGGCCCGAGAAAAGGGUCAGCUGGUGUUCUUUGAAGGUCUGUGUAACUCACUGGACAUGCUAUUGCCUGAAAGUGAUGCUUCUGAUGCAGAACCUCAGCCACUUGGCUUUCUUCGGUGGCCUUCUACUGACUUGCGAAAUCUGUUUGAUUUUGUCAACUCCUCUCUAUCACAGUCUGAGAAUGAUAUGUCACGGUGGGCUUCUCCAGUGCUUAUAAUUGAUGAUUUGAGUGUUCUACUGAGUCUGGAAGUCAGUCCUACUGCAGUGCUAGACUUUGUCCAUUACUGCCGGAUGGCUGUGUGCUCUAAGCAGCAGGGUAAUAUGGUAACUAUGGUACACAAUGAGGAUGAUCUGGGAGAUGAAGAUUGUGAUCUGGUCUUCCAUGCUUUAACACACCAGAGCAGCCUGAUUUUGCAAGUUCAUGGGCUGAAUACAGGCUACUGCAGAGACGUCCAUGGUCAGAUACAACUGAGGUGGAAGGAUAAAUUCCAGUUGAAGAGGGAUCAUACACAUGUUUUCCAGUAUAAAGUCCAUGAUAAGGGAGUGUCAUUUUUUGCUCCUGGGACCUCAAGUGCUGUUCUUUAAAAGAGAAAUUAUACUCAAAUUGACUUAAUUGUCAGGGGGUAUAUAUGUGUCACCCGGCUUUCUCCAACAGACUCCUGAAUUACAACUUUCUCCAGUAUUUUAGUACUGGAGUUUCAUUUAUUUAUUAUAAUACUUCACCACAGUUAAGCAAGAAGAAUGUCACCACCAUAUUCAGAAUUUUUUUUUUCCAUGAACUGGGACUCUAAUGCAAAAUAAGAGAAGAACAUAUUAAUUGAAAUAUGUGCAACAAGACAGAGUUAUUUAAUGCAUUUUGUAGUUAUAUAAAAUGGUAAGCUUUGGCUGCUGGUAAUGUUUUUCUGCUGAUUUCUCAAAUAACAUUUCUUGAGUUCUCAUUAUGUACAGGUUUGUUCAAAAGUUCGUAAUUAUAAAGUAAUUGACUUUUUUCCUUCCAAACCUUUGGUACUCAGUUGGCUCCAUUUAAAGGAAGCAUCUGCCACAAAUGACCAAUAUCUCUGAAGCUUCAUAGUCAGUCAUUUAUUAUGACAGUAAUCCAAUUACGUAUCAAAAGAACUAUUAAAAACUUGCCAAACA